CGGCCGGGCCCGCGGAGCCAGGCGCUGCCNUCUGCUCGGCCGGGGCCGGCGGCGCUGCCGCCGCCAUGUCCGGCACCAGCAGCCCUGAGGCGGUGAAGAAGCUGCUGGAAAACAUGCAGGGCGACCUGCGCGGCCUCAGCCUCGAGUGCCGCAAGAAAUUCCCGCCCGUCAAGGAGGCUGCUGAAUCAGGAAUAAUAAAAGUUAAAACAAUAGCUGCACGAAACACUGAUGUUCUGACAGCAUUGAAAGAGAACAGCUCAGAGGUAGUUCAGCCCUUUCUAAUGGGUUGUGGAACAAAGGAACCAAAGAUCACACAGCUGUGUCUAGCAGCCAUACAGAGACUCAUGUCACAUGAAGUUGUUUCAGAGGCUGCAGCUGGGAAUAUUAUUAAUAUGCUUUGGCAGCUGAUGGAAAAUAGUCUCGAAGAACUCAAAUUACUUCAGACAGUUCUUGUGCUUCUAACAACAAAUACCGUUGUACAUGAUGAAGCACUGUCCAAGGCAAUUGUCCUUUGUUUUCGACUGCACUUCACAAAAGAUAAUAUCACAAAUAACACAGCUGCAGCUACAGUGCGACAAGUAGUUACUGUUGUUUUUGAGAGAGUGGUUGCUGAAGAUGAACGAUACAAAGAUGUUAUUGAACAGCCAGUGACAGUUCAAGGAAACAGUAACAGAAGAUCUGUCAGUACCCUGAAACCAUGUGCUAAAGAUGCUUAUAUGCUUUUUCAGGAUCUUUGCCAGCUGGUUAAUGCUGAUGCUCCCUACUGGUUAGUGGGUAUGACGGAAAUGACCCGGACAUUUGGCCUUGAACUUCUUGAGUCUGUACUCAAUGAUUUCCCACAAGUAUUUUUACAACAUCAAGAAUUUAGUUUCCUCCUUAAAGAGAGAGUUUGUCCUCUUGUGAUAAAGCUCUUCUCCCCAAAUAUCAAAUUUAGACAGGGUUCCAGCUCAUCAUCUUCCCCAGCUCCUGUGGAGAAACCAUAUUUUCCUAUCUGCAUGCGCCUGCUGAGAGUAGUUUCUGUUUUGAUCAAGCAGUUUUACAGUUUGCUGGUAACAGAAUGUGAGAUCUUUCUGUCACUGUUAGUAAAGUUUCUGGAUGCAGACAAACCACAGUGGCUAAGAGCUGUUGCAGUAGAAUCUAUCCACAGGCUCUGUGUGCAGCCUCAGCUUUUAAGAUCAUUUUGUCAGUUCUAUGAUAUGAAGCAACAUUCUACCAAGGUUUUCCGUGAUAUUGUGAAUGCACUGGGAUCAUUCAUUCAGUCGCUAUUCCUUGUACCAAAUACGGGGAACACAUCAGCUACAACAAAUCAGACAGGAGGCAAUACACCUGGUGGGACUGCCUCAGCACAGACCAACCCAGGAAUACUGGGAAUGGGUGGAGGUGCAACUGUAUUACCUGCAUUUGAAUAUAGAGGUACCUGGAUACCGAUUCUUAAUGUAACAGUCCAGGGCAGUGCUAAAGCUACUUACCUAGAAAUGCUGGACAAGGUCGAACCACCUACUAUUCCUGAAGGUUAUGCUAUGUCUGUGGCAUUCCACUGUUUGCUGGAUCUUGUUCGAGGUAUCACUACCAUGAUUGAAGGGGAGUUGGGACAGGCUGAAACAGAUGGUCAGACUAUGACUGAAACAACUUCAUCACCAGCACAGUCUUCAGACCAGCAGUCAGUAUCUGGCCAAACUGACAAGGAGCUAGUUAGCAGAGCUGUCUGGGAAGAAAUGGUGAAUGCAUGUUGGUGUGGCCUUCUAGCUGCACUGUCGCUGCUUCUUGAUGCCAGCACGGAUGAAGCUGCCACAGAAAAUAUUUUAAAAGCAGAACUGACCAUGGCUGCACUUUGCGGAAGACUGGGUCUUGUAACUUCAAGAGAUGCCUUUAUCACUGCCAUUUGCAAAGGCUCCUUGCCGCCUCAUUAUGCUCUGACUGUACUGAACAGCACAACUGCAGCUCUUUCCAAUAAAACAUAUUCCAUUCAGGGGCAGAAUGUUCAGAUGAUCAGUCCAUCAAGUGAGUCUCACCAGCAAGUUGUAGCAGUUGGACAACCACUUGCUUUGCAGCCACAGGGAACAGUAAUGCUGACUUCAAAAAAUAUCCAGUGCAUGAGGACGUUGCUUAACUUGGCUCACUGCCAUGGAGCUGUUCUUGGUACAUCAUGGCAACUAGUCCUGGCUACUCUUCAGCAUCUUGUUUGGAUUCUGGGAUUAAAACCUGGUGUUGGGGGUGCCUUAAAACCAGGAAGAGCUGUAGAAGGACCCAGCACAGUUCUAACUACUGCAGUUAUGACUGAUCUGCCAGUUAUAUCCAACAUACUUUCAAGACUAUUUGAAAGUUCACAGUACCUUGAUGAUGUGUCUUUACAUCAUUUAAUAAAUGCCCUUUGCUCCUUGUCUCUGGAAGCCAUGGAUAUGGCGUAUGGAAAUAAUAAGGAACCAUCCCUUUUUGCUGUUGCUAAAUUGUUGGAAACGGGAUUAGUUAACAUGCACAGGAUUGAGAUUCUGUGGAGACCUCUGACUGGUCACCUCCUGGAGAAGGUCUGUCAACAUCCAAACUCCAGGAUGAGAGAAUGGGGAGCAGAAGCAUUAACUUCUCUCAUUAAAGCAGGGCUGACAUUUAACCAUGACCCUCCAUUAUCACAAAAUCAGAGGCUACAGUUGCUUUUGUUAAAUCCACUGAAGGAACUGUCAAAUAUUAACCAUCCUGAUAUUAGGAUCAAGCAGCUGGAGUGUGUAUUACAGAUUUUGCAAAGCCAGGGUGACAGUCUAGGACCGGGCUGGCCAUUAGUGCUUGGAGUCAUGGGAGCAAUCAGAAGUGAUCAAGGAGAGUCCUUAAUACGGACUGCAUUCCAGUGUCUUCAGUUGGUUGUGACAGAUUUUCUACCAACAAUGCCGUGCACUUGCCUACAGAUAGUUGUUGAAGUUGCAGGAAGCUUUGGACUUCACAAUCAAGAGCUAAACAUUAGCUUAACUUCAAUUGGUUUGUUGUGGAAUAUUUCAGACUAUUUUUUCCAACGAGGUGAAAUCAUUGAAAAGGAACUGAACAAAGAGGAAGCGGUAUUGCAAAAGCAGGCAGAAGAGAAGGGAGUGAUGUUAAAUCGUCCUUUCCACCCUGCACCACCCUUUGACUGCCUUUGGUUAUGCCUGUAUGCCAAGUUGGGGGAACUCUGUGUAGAUCCACGACCAGCAGUUAGAAAGAGUGCUGGACAGACGUUAUUUUCUACAAUUGGUGCUCAUGGAACUUUACUCCAACAUUCAACGUGGCACACAGUUAUAUGGAAGGUUCUGUUUCAUUUGUUGGAUCGUGUUCGAGAGUCUUCCACCACAGCUGACAAAGAGAAAAUUGAAUCAGGAGGGGGCAAUAUCCUCAUUCAUCAUUCCAGGGAUACAGCAGAAAAACAAUGGGCGGAGACAUGGGUAUUAACUUUGGCUGGUGUUGCAAGAAUAUUUAACACGAGGAGAUACAUAUUGCAGCCUUUAGGAGACUUUUCCAAAGCCUGGGAUGUUCUUCUUGAUCACAUCCAGUCAGCAGCCCUCAGCAAAAAUAAUGAAGUUUCUUUGGCUGCUCUGAAAAGUUUUCAGGAAAUUUUACAGAUUGUUUCCCCUGUUCGAGACUCGGAGAAACCUGAUACACUACCUGCUAUUAACGUUUCUGUACCUGUUGUCGUAGGGGCAAUGACUGCUACUAGUCUGGGCAGAUCAUUCAUGAGAACUGACUCCAUAGGAGAAAGAAUUGGAAGAUAUAAUGCACCUGAGCCACCUGUAAUAACAGAUGAAAUAGAGGAUUUGAAUCUUUGGUGGGCUGCUUGGAACACUUGGUAUAGGAUUGGCUCAGAAAGUACAAAGCCUCCAAUUACUUGCGAUAAAUUGACCUUCAUCCCCAGCCAGCCAUUUCUCACAGCUUUAAUUCAGAUAUUCCCAGCUCUAUACCAGCACAUCAAAACUGGUUUCAGUAUGGAUGAUCUCCAAAAGCUGGGUGUCAUUUUACAUGGUGCUGUUUCAGUUCCUAUCAGUUCUGAUGCCUCCCCUUUCAUCCUUCCGUCUUACACUGAAGCAGUUUUGACAAGUUUACAGGAAGCAGUGCUUACAGCUUUAGAUGUCCUACAGAAGGCCAUAUGUGUAGGUUCAGAAAAUAUGCAGAUAAUGUAUCCAGCAAUCUUUGACCAGCUACUAGCAUUUGUAGAAUUCUCCUGUAAGCCUCCACAGUAUGGGCAGCUGGAAACGAAACACAUUGCAAAUGCAAAAUAUAAUCAGAUACAACUAUUUGCACCGGCAGAAUGGGUAGCAUUGAAUUAUGUGCCAUUUGCUGAGAGGUCUUUGGAAGUUGUGGUGGAUUUAUACCAAAAGACUGCUUGCCACAAAGCUGUAGUAAAUGAGAAAGUUCUUCAGAACAUUAUUAAGACAUUGAGGAUACCUCUAAGUCUGAAGUAUUCCUGUCCAUCUGAAAGCACAUGGAAGCUAGCAGUAUCUUCUCUUCUUAAAGUUCUUUCUAUUGGACUACCAGUUGCAAGGCAGCACGCAUCUUCUGGAAAAUUUGACAGUAUGUGGCCAGAACUGGCUAACACUUUUGAAGACUUUCUGUUCACCAAAAGUAUACCUCCAGAUAAUCUCUCUAUUCAAGAGUUCCAGAGAAAUGAAAGUAUUGAUGUUGAGGUUGUGCAACUUAUCAGUACAGAGAUACUGCCAUAUGCUAAUUUUAUUCCCAAGGAAUUUGUUGGUCAGAUAAUGACUAUGCUUAAUAAAGGCUCAAUACAUUCUCAGUCAUCCUCAUUUACAGAAGCAGAAAUAGAUAUUCGAAUGAGAGAGGAAUUUUCUAAGAUAUGCUUUGAAACUCUGCUUCAGUUUUCAUUCAGUAAUAAAGUCACAACUCCUCAGGAAGGCUACAUCUCUAGAAUGGCACUCUCUGUACUUUUGAAAAGAUCACAAGAUGUACUGCAUCGUUACAUAGAAGAUGAAAGAUUAAGUGGCAAAUGUCCUCUUCCACGGCAACAAGUAACAGAAAUCAUAUUUGUUUUAAAAGCCAUCAGUACACUUAUAGAUUCACUUAAGAAAACUCAGCCUGAAAAUGUUGAUGCUAACACAUGGGCACAAGUUAUUGCUUUGUAUCCAACUUUAGUAGAAUGUAUCAGCUGUUCAUCAUCAGAAGUUUGUUCUGCUCUCAAAGAAGCACUAGUUCCCUUUAAGGACUUCAUGCAGCCACCAGCAUCCAAGGUACAAAAUGGAGAGUCUUGACCAGAUAAAACUUUCUUUUAUUUUUUAAGGAAAAAAUAUCCCAAAAAUAUUUGUUUCCAAGAGAGGCUUCUCUGAGGAUAUCUCUUGUGGUUGGUACAUGGCAACCAGUGUUGACUGCCUUUUAACUGUACUAACAAGAGCUCAGUAAUUCAUGAAUUCAUACAAGCUUGUAUCUCAAAGGUGCCAGAGUGAGUAGCAGUGCAAGCCUUUAAUACAUUUAAUUGACUAGGGUGGAAUCAAUUAUAAUCUAAUGUACUAGCUACAGUAUCUUGAAGUGGUGACUGAAAAGUGGGCUUAUGUACAGCUUGUUGUGUAUGUGUUAAUGAUGUAAUUAAAAAAAAAAAAGUAUUUCGAUUCAGUCAGAUUUAUUGGGCUGGUGUUUUGCACCCUUUUUUGAAGUACGGAAUUGUAUUAAAAUUUUAUGCAAGAUGGUACUGUAACAUUCCAUAUUAUCUGUAACCAGCCUUUGUAAACAAAGGGAACUGAUACACGUGUGUAUAAUAAAUGGUACAGUUCUGUAUAAAAUAGUUGCAUUUAUUAUUUAAAUUCUUUUUAAAAUAUUGAUCAUGUUAAACGCUUGAUAACGUAUUUAUUAUGAAUAAGUUAUAUGCUUGCAUUUUUACUUACAAUUUGCCGUCUUAAUUGGCAGAUAUGCUUAUUCAUAUUUGAUCAUGCAGUUAAUUUUUUUUGCUUAUCUGAAUGUAUCCUAUCUGUGGCCAUUGGACAUCUCAACAAAGAGGUCAUAUGACAAAAGACAGCAGCAAACAGUCAACAAUCUGCUGAUUUCAAACUUUAAAAUAGAUGACCUGAAAUGAGUUUGAAUAUGCAGAAAUACACUGUAGUAAUCCAACUUUCUACAGUACCUUACUUCACAAAGUACUUGUUUCAGUGUAUUCAUUUUACUUGCGUCUGCUCAUUUUUGUAGUUGCUGUCUUGCUUGAAAAGAACAUUUUGUAUUUGGGAUUUAUAUCCCUUUUUGUUCAUAAUGGCAAUUGUCACUGUCUUUGAACUAUGACCCAGGAAAGGUGAUUUUCAAAUAUCUCAAAUAUUUGGCUGUAAAAUUUUUGUUUGUUCAAUAAUCGUAAGCUCUUUGUUUUGUAAUGUCUUUUCAACCCAAACAAUAAUUGUUCUAACCUUUAAGUAUAAAAUGUGUGUGAUAAAACCAUGGGAAGUGUAUUUUUGAAGAUAGUUAUUCAUUAGAAGUGCAGUAAACUUUCUGUCAUGAAGUAAAUGAGAUCUUUGUUUCCCUUUCAUGAACUGCAUAACUUAAGUAAAACAUCUGAGUAGCAGUAGUCUUGUUAAAGCUAAGCCAUGAAAUAGCAUACCAUUUGUAUAUAAUUGUUAUUUCAGUAGUAAUUCACCUGUAUGUUGAUGUUUAUGACCAUUGAGAGAGCACAAAGGCAAAGCUUUUUAAAAAAAGGAGUCUAAGUUUUUAGCUUCUAAAUUCACAGCUAGGCUCUUGCCUGCUUUUCCAAGUAUUGUAUUCCAAACAGUUACUUUGGAAGUCAUAUGAGAUUAUUAAGAGCUGGUAUAAUCAGAAGUUAGAAAAAAUCAAAUAUGUGCCUUUUUAUAUGGACUUCAGAGUUCAAUGGUAGAUUUCCAUUCUUUAAAACCUUAUGCUGAUAUUAAAAGUAACGAUCAUGCAUAAUACUAAUACUUUUCAGUUUGCUUUAAAUUUAUGUAGGAUACAGGGAUAUCCACUUGUUCAUGUGAACAGAUGCAAAUUUACAGGAAGUGCUAGUGGAGUGUGUGUUAGAGGAUGAAUUGACCAGAGUUAGAGUUACUGGAUUUAUAUAAUGCUAGUUAGUGCUGUUGUUUUAAAAAGUAAGAGAACUUUUUUCUCUAUUUUAAAACACAUUAAAUACACAGUGAGCUUUAAGACCUUGUGUACUCUUUUAUGAAUGUUCUAUGGAACUCUAUCCUCAAUCUUGGAUAAAACUGCUUCUAGCCCAGUUUUAGAGAACACAAAAUUUGUACUAGAAAGCCAAAUGCCAGCUGAAUUAAGUUUGAGGAGCAUCUUACAAUGAUUUAGGACUCAUCUGUACCACAGCAAUGGUGCUGUGUCUUGGGGUUGAUCACACCCCACCUACCUUAGUCUGCAGAUCUGCUCCAAGACUAGAAGGUUGCCAGUCAGGCUGCUCCUGUCUUAUCAACAGUUCUCACUCUUGAACUCUUGAGUUUCUGGCUGGCCUGAGAUGAGAUGGUGUGAGCAGUAAGUCUAGAGCAGCUUUACUUGUGAACUCCCAGCUCCUGUGGUUUCUCAGAUGACUCGGGUAGGCUGGACAUGGACAAAGCAUGCUCAGCCCUGUCCUCUCUAAGAGUGGCCACUGACAUGGUAUGGACAAGCCUUUAGUGUCAGUUUUAAUAUAACAAAGGUAUCUUUUUUAGAAGCAGUUCCAAAAUAUAAUACAGGAGCCUUUAUGCAACUGAAUAUCUGUUAUCAGUUCUCUAACAGUGAAAAUUUAAAAACAACUGUGAUGCCAACAAGCAACAGGUUUUGGGGACCAGAUAUUGUUGCUAUCCAUGGAAGAAGGAUCAUGGCCCAUAAUGAUGUAGGGGACAAAAAUAAGAAGAAUUGGAGAAUGGUAGCCCCUUCGCCUUAUUUAGAAUGUACCAUCUUAGUUUACAUUAUUAGGGAGGCAACAUAUACAUGCGAGUUCAUUAUUUUUAGCUGUUUUUUAAUUUGGGAAAUCAGGCUAAAGGUACAAUUACCUCACUAAUGUACAUGCUCAUUUUAGUUGAGUGAAGCUCCUUCAGCUUUGGUCUUUACCAGACAUCUUAUGUUUAUAUUUAGUUCUGCUUCUAGAACUUUUAAUGUACUUUUAUCAUCUACAGAUGCAUACCUUUUAAAAACUAUGAAAAGCAGUCUUCCACCAUUUGUUCAUUUAUCAUCCCUUUAGUUGUUAAAUGAAUGAUAUAGCUUUGUACAUCCUGAAUUUGCCCUACAGCUGACAUUUGAAUCUAUUUGGCCAUCCUUUCCUAUUUCAUGUAAAUUACUAGCAUAUCAGAGCUAAUAAAACAUGCAUUUAAUUUG